AUGAUUUCGUUAAAAGGAAGAACCAGAGGUCUUGAUAUUUUUAACAGUUUUAAGGAGAGGGUCACUUUGAUGAAAUUGCCACUUUUCAAAUUGGUGUCAAUAACUUCCGAUGGAGCAGUAGCAAUGACAGGACGCAAUAACGGGUUCAUUGCUUUAUGUAAAAAAUAUGAUGAUUUUCCUGACUUUCUGAGCUACCAUUGUAUUAUUCAUCAGCAAGUUUUAGCCAGCAAGAGGCUCAAUACAAAAGACGUGAUGGAUACGACCUUCAAAAUAGUAAAUUCUAUCCAAGGAAAACCUCUUCAAAGACGUCUAUUUAAAAUGCAAAAUGAAAACAAGGAAGUAGAUUUAAUUUUGCACACGGAUGUAGGAUGGCUAAGUAGAAGUAGAUUUCUUCAAAGAUUUCGUGAUUUAUUGGAUGAUAUUGUUCAAUUUUUGGAAGAUAGAGGUGAUAGUUUUCCUCAAAUUCGUGAUGUUAAUUGGCUUUGUGAUUUAGCGUUUUUAGCAGAUUUCACUGGACAUUUAAGUGAUUUAAAUUUGAAGUUACAAGGAAAAAACAUAAUAAUCAUUGAUUUAAUAAGCUGUAUUUCGGCAUUCAAGGCAAAUGCAUUGAUUCUUAUUAGAGAUCUUGAGAAAAAAAAUGUACAACGAUUUUCAAACUUAGAAGACCAUACUCGAAAAUAUCCCAACGUUGUUUUCGAUUCGAAAAAUUAUGUGAUAAAAAUCAAAGCCGUUAUUGAUGAUUUUGAUGUAAGAUUCAAUGAUUUCAAAAAACCUGAAGAUGUGAUCCCAUUUAUCAGUUUUCCAUUUAAAGAGGACUUAAAUACCCAGAUGACUGCAAAAAAAGCAGCACAGUUGUUUCAAAUUGACGAAGUAUCUUGUAACGUCACAGCAUUUUUUGCAGUAAUAUUAUCAAUGUCAUAA